AGCUGGGUCAAAAACCAUCUAGCUGUUUCAUCUCAUGAGAAAAGUUUUCGAAUCUGCUGAAUCCAUCAAAGUUAUGUUAUUCGCCUAUAAAUACGAUACCUACCAUAUAGAAGAAAUAACAAGCUCCAGGUAGUCAUGCAUUAAACAGCCCCACGUUAAAUUUGACCUCUAAACAUCUAGUAGAAGAAAUUCAUGCAUCGGUGCUAAAGAUUAUUCCGUUCAUCUAAUAAGCAAAUUCUCCUGACACGUUUCUAUAGAUACUGGGGAAAAACACAAGCUAAACCCUUUAUGUCUCACUCAACUUAUUGUCCCCUUCCCCAUUCCGUUGACUGUCUGCCGUCCACGAUGGACACACCCUUAGAAGCCAUAAUUAUACAGUCCGUCCGAUUCCUAGUACUCCUUUCUUCAGUUUCAAUUUUCUUCGGCAGCACUCCGAUAUGCGUUAAUGGAACUCUUGUUGCUCAUGGGGUUUCUAGUGAAAGCUUAAUUAGCUCUAUACCAACGGAACCUGAGGGUUUAGACGAAACGAAGUCUACAAGUCAAGUAGAUUUAGGUACCUGUGACCAGCAAUCAAAGGUACCUUGUAUAGAAUCUGGAACAUGCGAAACCGUACCUUUGCUCGAACCAGCUCGUUGUAGACGCAGGUACUGUCCUCUUAACAAGGUUUAUUGCCUCGAUUUUGAUGGAUGCAUGAUACCUGACCCCGUUUUUAUAUUUGCACAAACGGUAAAAGAAAAGAAAUGCCCCAUUCCUCUUAGUCUUUGUGCAAACAAAGACCUUUGUCAGUUCGUUCUUCGUAAGAACUAUGACGACCUGCGAGAGCCAAGUGUUGAUCGUCUAAAUUGCUCCAUAAUGACCAACCAAAUUGUUUUCACCAACUCAUCCUGUAAAGUUCAUGGCGAUUGCCAUUGGACGGCCAAGUGUUGCCCAGAUGGAGGGCUCAAUCGACAAUGUGUCUCCUAUGAUGGAAGGAUUCUUCCUGCCAGGAUAUCAAACGAAUUAAAUGCUAGCUCUACAACACCCAUGGCACUCACAUCAGUACCAUUCAACUAUGACCAGUCUUUAACGACUGAGCCCGGAUCGACGUCUCUACUUAACAUAACGAAGUCAACACUUAUACGAAUAAUGAAUUCAUUCAAAGCCAUUGUAGACGGAAGACUAUCGGUAUUUGAACAGAGUAUGCGCGCUCAAUUGGCAAAAUUGCUGAGUGUUUCAGAAAAUGUUUUCACCAAAAUGAUUGUGCGAAACGGAAGCAUUUUGCUGGAAAUUGAAAUGUCUCCAUUGUCCGUCGACGCACCAGACGAAGUUGACCAAGCCUACGUAAAUCUAACUUCAAUGCUGAGAAAUGGAACCUUAGUUUUAAAUGAUUUAAAUGGUACAAAGUUGGUUAUUCCACCUCAGGAAAAUGGUACCUUGCUAGCUAACGAAACAACCAGCUAUUCCAACAUUUUCAUCGGUGUAACAGCCGCUAGUUUGGGUUCCACAUUUUUGUUGGUUUUUUGGGUCGUUUGGAAUCUAAAAAAGGGCAAAACGAUAAAUCCUAUGGGGGCCCACUCAGAGCGUCUGAAUAGUCACGCCAUAUUCAUAUGCAAACAAUCCAGUGAUAACCUUAUUAGAGGUAGUUCAGGACUUCGGCAAAACCCAGGUAGUAAAUUAGCGAACUUUGCAGAAUCCCAAGUUCAGUGGGACUUGUUUCAGCAGCAUUUUCCAGCAAAACCGGAUUAUGUCUGGAAGUCCCAGGAAGAGGUUGCAUGGGCGGGAAGCGAUCAUCAAGUACGGUGGCCGCAGUUAUUAGAUGCCCCAGACGAAGAAUCAGUUGCAAUAGUAAAAAAGAAGUAAACAUACCGAAGCCGAGGAAGGUGAGAACGAUUGCUUUAAACCUAGGUUUUCAUUAAAUACAGGGCACUGCUUAAUAUAACCAUGCCUUUGGAUGUACACCACGACACAGAAAGAAUCCUCAGAAAUUAUUUCAUGGAAUGACGGAAGUCAGACAAAAAGCUAUUACGUUUUAGGUGUCUAAAAUAUUAAAAAGAGUUAUUAUUCCAUUACACCUUAACUGAUCAAAGUAUAAAAUAUAAUAAGGAAACCACAACAGGUGCGUUGCGUCACUAAAGAAGGCAACUUUUUAUUGCGCCAUACCGGAGUGUUUCUAUAUACACCGAUGGAUUAACCAAUAUAUCCUAAUACACGAAUAAAUCUGGGAAGUUGUUCCCAUAAUGCGGCAA